CAAUGGAAGAGUUAAUAGUUGAACUUCGCCUUUUUCUGGAGCUCCUGGACCAUGAGUACCUCACAUCAACUGUCAGAGAGAAAAAGGCUGUGCUCACCAACAUCCUGCUACGAAUACAGUCAUCAUCCAAGGGCUUUGACGUGAAGGACCAUGCUCAGAAGGCAGAGGCCAACAGCCUGCCAGCACCUCCUCAGAUGCCUCUGCCUGAGAUCCCUCAGCCAUGGCUGCCUCCUGACAGCGGGCCUCCACCCUUACCGACGUCCUCUCUCCCAGAGGGUUACUAUGAGGAAGCCGUGCCGCUGAGUCCUGGAAAAGCUCCAGAGUACAUCACAUCAAAUUAUGACUCUGAUGCCAUGAGCAGUUCCUAUGAGUCAUAUGAUGAAGAGGAGGAGGAUGGAAAAGGGAAGAAAACCCGGCACCAGUGGCCUUCGGAGGAGGCCUCUAUGGACCUGGUGAAAGAUGCCAAGAUCUGCGCCUUCCUGCUGCGCAAGAAACGCUUUGGCCAGUGGACCAAGCUGCUCUGCGUCAUCAAGGACACCAAGUUGCUGUGCUAUAAAAGUUCCAAGGACCAGCAGCCCCAGAUGGAGCUGCCACUGCAAGGCUGCAGCAUCACAUACAUCCCAAGAGACAGCAAGAAGAAGAAACAUGAGCUGAAAAUCACCCAGCAAGGCACAGACCCGCUGGUUCUCGCCGUCCAGAGCAAGGAGCAGGCUGAGCAGUGGCUGAAGGUGAUCAAGGAGGCCUACAGUGGCAGCAGCGGCCCUGUGGAUCCAGAGUGUUCCCCACCACCCAGCGCCAGUGCCCCCAUGAACAAGGCAGAACUGGAGAAGAAAUUGUCUUCAGAGAGGCCCAGCUCUGAUGGAGAAGGUGCUGUGGAAAAUGGAGUCACAUGUAAUGGAAAAGAACAAGUGAAGAGGAAGAAAACCUCCAAAUCAGAUGCCAAGGGAACCGUGUCCAAGGUCACCGGGAAAAAAAUCACCAAGAUCAUUGGUCUGGGGAAGAAGAAGCCAUCCACAGACGAGCAGACGUCAUCAGCGGAGGAGGAUGUGCCCACCUGUGGGUACCUAAAUGUGCUCUCCAACAGCCGCUGGCGGGAGCGCUGGUGCAGAGUGAAGGACGGCAAGCUCAUUUUCCACAAGGACAGGUCUGACCUGAAGACCCACAUUGUCUCCAUCCCUCUCCGUGGCUGCGAGGUGAUUCCUGGCUUGGAUUCCAAGCAUCCGCUGACUUUCCGGCUGCUUCGCAAUGGACAGGAGGUGGCUGUGCUAGAGGCAUCGUCCUCUGAAGACAUGGGCAGAUGGAUUGGUAUCUUACUGGCUGAGACAGGGUCAUCAACAGACCCAGGAGCCCUGCACUAUGACUACAUAGACGUGGAGAUGUCAGCAAAUGUCAUACAGACAGCCAAACAGACCUUCUGCUUUAUGAACAGGCGGGCAGUGUCCACGAGCCCAUACCUGGGGAGCAUCUCCAAUGGCUACGCCCACCCCAGUGGGACAGCGCUACACUAUGAUGAUGUCCCCUGUGUCAACGGCUCGUUGAAGAGCAAAAAACCUCCAGUGGCAUCUAAUGGGGUUCCUGGAAAAGGGAAGGCUCCGAGCAGCCAGCAAAAAAAGAUGGAUUCAGCAGGUGGUGUGAAACGGACAGCAUCCAAUGCUGAUCAGUACAAAUAUGGUAAGAACCGGGUGGAGGCGGACGCCAAGCUGUUACAGUCCAAAGAGGAGGAGCUGCUGAAGAGGAAAGAGGCCCUGCGGAACAGGCUGGCACAGCUCCGAAAGGAGAGGAAGGAUCUGAGGGCCGCCAUCGAAGUGAAUGCAGGCAGGAAGACCCAGGUGGCCCUGGAGGAGAAGCUGAAGAGGCUGGAAGAAGAGUGUAAGCAGAGGGAGGCGGAGCGGGUCAGCCUGGAGCUGGAGCUGACCGAGGUCAAGGAGAGCCUGAAGAAGGCCUUGGCAGGUGGCGUCACCCUGGGCCUGGCCAUCGAGCCCAAGUCAGGGACCUCAAGCCCACAGUCUCCUGUGUUUCGGCAUCGGACUCUGGAAAAUUCCCCCAUCUCCAGCUGUGACACAAGUGAUGCCGAGGGUCCCCUGCCUGUGAACAGUGCGGCCGUCCUGAAGAAGACUCAGUCAUCCUCAGGCAGCUCCCCUUGCCGUGGGCACGUGCUGCAGAAGGCCAAGGAGUGGGAGCUGAAGAAUGGGACAUAGAGGAAGGCCAGCCGCACCCAAACAGAGACUGCAUACUACCACCAGCCUCAAGUGUGACACGUGUGCCUCCCAAAGUGGCCUGAGCUUGACUUCAAAAGUCUGGACUGAGUCUGACGCUGACCCCUGGCCAGCCUGUGUGCACGCUCUCUACUGUAUGAUGGUGCCCUUUAGGAAAGUUUACUUUAAGACUUUGGUGUCUAAAUUUACUUGUUAAAAAAGCAGAAACAAAAGGGGUUGACAAGCAGUUUUGAAGCACCCUCUGGCAGACGGGGCAGUAAGGCUCUGGGACCUCAGCUCAACCCUAGCUUGGACCAUGCGCCCCUGUGAGAUGGAGUGGCCCGAGCCUUCCCCGGGCGCAGCCAGAGCCCCAUGCAUCGCCCUGUUUGCCAGAGGGCCCUGCUCUGCAGCAGCAGGAACUCCCUGUGUCCCUGCAGCCCCACACCCUGCCCCUGCCUGCCCCUUGUCACUGGAGGUGAAGCCAUGAGGGACAGUGCUGUGAAGCCAUUUUUGAGGUUUGGUUUUGGAUACGUACUUUUGUCACCAGGUUGGAAAAGUUGUCAUUCUUUUCACUAGUGUUUUUGUUUGUUCUCUUUUAAAGAAAAUGCCCCUUCUUAUGGUGGCUAUUGCUGGGAUUUGGGGGACUUUUCAGAGACCCCGUUUCCCAUUUUGUGAUUUUUUUUUGAGAGGCAGCAGCCUUCAGUCCUUGGCUAGCAGUUCUCCCUUCCCACUGACCUGAGACCCCAGCCUCCCCUACUGCUGGGCAGGGGCUCCUUCCUCAGCCCAGGAGGCACACUGGUCACCCUCUGCCUGUGGAUGCAACAACCCAGGCCAGAGCUUCCUUUGGAAAACAGAGCAGGUUUGAGAACGUAUAGUCAAGCCUGGACCAUCUUUGAAUGGAAAUGAAUCCUUCCAGAGCACGUCCCUCUCUUUUAUAGCUGAAGCCUUGGAUCACAGGUGCACUCCCAUGCGAGCCAAGGUUCUGGCUGUGUGGGCCUUCCUCACUGGCAUGCCUGCCUCUGUGCACUGUUUCUUGGAUAGUUCGAAUGUUCAUGGGUGGAGCUAGCCUCUAUCCUAGGGGUCUCAGAGUCAAACUGACUUUUUGGGCUUCCAGGGUACUGUCUAGACCUUUCCAUCAUGGAGAACUGCAGGCAGUGAGGGUGAGUUAGCCAACUCUGCAGACUAGUUCAGAGCCAGUUAUACACAGUUCUACGCAAGCAAUAGGCUCCUUCACUAGACCAGGGACCUGGUGAUGCUACGCGGGAGGCAGCCUUCCCGCCACAGCCCAGAACAUCCUUUGCACACACACAAGCAAGUUUUCUGGGCUGUCUGUAGAGGUACCUUUUGGACCUGCUCUUUGAGCAGCCUUCAUGCUUAGGGUCUGUGCUCUGUGCUUCAGCCCUGAGGUAGCUGUCUUAGAGUCCUCAAAGAGCAGCAAGGUGGUCACCGGCAUGCAGGGACAUCACACCAGCCAUCUGAAGCUGCUCCGCUGGAGGUCCUCGUCAAACUGGUCCAGUGUGGGGCUGCUUGCCAUGCCAGCUGUUCGAUGGUGCUUCACUCUCGUGCCUUCCUCCACAGGGCAGCUAGGAUUCUCAGACCAGCAUCUGUGUGGGCUAGUUUCUGCCAUGAAACUGUGUAGAAGGGCGAGGAGGAGGAGGAUACAGGCUGUUCAUGGAGCAGCAAUUGGGGGAGCCCCUUGCGUCAUCACAGGGAGCUGUGACCAUUUCGUGUCACGUGACAUUAGUGCUCUGAAAGGAACAAGUUUGAGCUGCCCUACACCUGAGCUGCCCUGUGGGUCUCAGGCAGCGCUUUUGGCCACUCUGAUGGCAGCCUGCUUUGCCAGGAAAGCUGUUCCAGGCUUUUGUUGUUACCAAAACAAGGAGAACAUGACCAACUUAACACGCAGUUCUGGCCAGCAUAGAGGGACAUCUGUAAUCGAGUGGGGUAUUAGCGGAGUACCAUGUCCAGCAAAUAAGCUCCAAAUGAGCUUGUCCUGAUGAAGACACGGUAGACUCCAGGCUCCUGGUGUUCAUGUCUUGUGCUAAGAAACCUAGGCUUGUGAUUCACUCGGCUGUGGUGGAGCCUGGAAGUUCCACAGAGCGGUAUAAAGUAGGCCCCAGGGAAGGCAAGUCUCCUGACACAGGGCUCUGCUGUCCUGUGUUCCCCUUCACACUCUUAGAUUUGGUCAGAAAGCUGGUUUAAAACAUUCACUUCAAAAUAAGUUAUUUAUUUGUAUAUGUUCAAUAAAUAUAGUUUUAAUUUA